ACCGCCGGCGAGAGCCAUGGCUCAGAGCGCCGGGAAAGACGAGGCUCGACCCGCUCCAGGAUGCCCGUGAUGCGGGGUCUGAUCGCGCCACAGAACACCUUUUUGGAUACUAUCGCCACUCGUUUUGAUGGCACCCACAGUAACUUCGUCCUGGGGAAUGCUCAGGUCCAGUCUCUCUAUCCCAUUGUCUACUGCUCCGAUGGCUUCUGCGAACUGACUGGCUUUGCCCGCGGCGAGCUGAUGCAGAAGAGCUGCAUGUGUCACUUUCUGUACGGGAGUGAGACCAGCAACCCUCUCACCACGCAGAUGCAAAAAGCUCUGGAUGAACGCCGGGAGUUCAAGACUGAAAUCAUUCUGUACAAGAAGAGCGGCUCUGAGUUCUGGUGUCUGUUGGACAUUGUUCCCAUCAAGAAUGAGAAGGGCGAGGUGGUUCUGUUCCUGGUCUCACAUAAGGACAUCACAGAAAACAAGGACCAGGACCAUGGCAAUGAAUCUGACAUUGAUGAGGAAACUGGUCUGGAGAUUCGCCAGAUCAGCCGCCCCUCAGGCUGUAACAUGGAGCGCCGGCGCAGUCGGGCUGUCCUCUAUCAGCUGUCGGGACACCUGCAGAAACAGGACAAAACCAAGAGCAAGCUGAAGAUCAACAGUAGCGUUCUCGGAGCCAAUGCGAACCCUGUCCCCGAGUAUAAGGUGGCCGAUGUCCAAAAAUCCCGUUUCAUCCUCCUUCACUACGGUGCGUUCAAGGCCGGCUGGGAUUGGCUGAUCUUGUUGGCCACUUUCUACGUUGCCAUCACCGUUCCCUAUAACGUUUGCUUCACGGCUGUCGAGAUACGAGAGGACGGCGGCUCGGCGGCGCGAAACCCACCGAGUGUCAGCGAUAUCUUGGUGGAGAUACUUUUUAUCAUUGAUAUCGUGUUGAACUUCCGAACAACUUACGUGAGCACGUCGGGUCAGGUGGUCUAUGACGCCCGUUCUAUAUAUAUUCACUACGUCACGUCCUGGCUGUCUGUGGAUCUGAUCGCCGCCUUGCCCUUUGACCUGCUCUAUGCCUUCAAUAUCAGUGUGAACUUCGGCGUUCACAUGCUGAAGACGGUGCGCCUGCUACGCCUUUUACGCCUCCUGCAGAAGCUGGAUCGUUACUCCCAGUACAGCGCUGUGGUCCUCACACUGCUCAUGUCCACCUUUGCACUGCUGGCCCACUGGAUGGCCUGUGUGUGGUACUUCAUUGGGCGCAGCGAGAUCGAAAGUAAUAGCCUCACCUCCUGGGAUAUAGGCUGGCUCCAUGAACUGGCCAAACGCUUGGGAACGCCAUACUUUAUGGCACCGCUGACCUCCCUGCUGGGAGUCUCUGAAUCGCCUCAAGAGACUGUGACAGCAGGACUAAGCAAUUACAGCCAGUGGAACGGCUCUAGUUUGGAGCCACUGAACGGGCCGAGCGUGUUGGAUUCAGGCCAGUGGAAUGGCAGCAAGACCAGAGUGAGGGCACCAAAUGGCUCAGGGAUGACAGUGAGCGGCGGACCGUCUGUCAGGAGCUCCUACGUGACAUCACUCUACUUCGCCCUGAGCAGUCUGACCAGCGUGGGCUUUGGCAACGUUUCAGCCAACACGGACUCUGAGAAGAUCUUCUCCAUCUGCACCAUGCUGAUCGGAGCAUUAAUGCAUGCUGUGGUUUUUGGUAACGUGACUGCCAUCAUCCAGAGGAUGUACUCACGUCGCUCCCUCUACCACACCCGCACCAAGGACCUGAAGGACUUUAUUCGUGUGCACAGGUUACCCAAGGUGCUGGAGCAACGCAUGAUGGAGUGUUUCCAGACAACCUGGUCUGUCAACAACGGUAUUGAUGUCAGUGAGCUGCUGAAGGACUUCCCGGAUGAGCUCAGAGCCGACAUCGCGAUGCACCUGAAUAAAGAGCUGCUGCAGCUGCCGCUCUUUGAAUCGGCCAGCAGGGGGUGUCUGCGCUCCCUCUCCCUGAUCAUCAAGACCUCCUUUUGCGCUCCGGGAGAGUUCCUCAUCCGCCAGGGUGACGCGCUCCAGGCUAUCUACUUUGUAUGCUCCGGCUCCAUGGAAGUCCUGAAGGACAACACUGUGCUGGCUAUUUUAGGUCGCGGUGACUUGAUUGGCUCUGACUGUCUGACACAGGAGGAAGUUAUAAAGACCAACGCCUGUGUGAAAGCAUUAACCUACUGUGAUCUGCAGUACAUCAGCCUCAAAGGGCUGCGUGAGGUGCUCUGCCUCUAUCCCGAUUACGCUCAGAAGUUCAUCACAGAAAUCCGGAACGAUCUGACGUACAAUCUACGAGAAGGGCACAACACUGAGGGAGACUGUGAGAGUAAUGGAGGAAUCAUGAAAAAGCUUCCUUCCAUUAAGGAAGACGAGGAGGGCUCAGGGUCCGAGGGCGAACGCUCCCCUCUACCCAAGAUGUCAUCCCUUGGCAGGCUGGGCCGCGGCCUGCGUUCGCCCCUCCGCUCCCCUCUUCGCUCCCCGCUCCUGCCGCCGAGGCCCUUCCGGCCAGCAAGUGAUCCCGUCCGGCCCUCCAGCCUGCAGAUCCCUGUUGUGAGCUUCAGCUGCCUGCAGCCGGACCUCAGCCCUCGGUUUGUGGAUGGGAUCGAGACAGAAAACCAGAGCGGUUCAACUCCGAGAUUUGAUUUUUCUCCCAGUGCAACCCAGAGCUUUCUGCCCGGCCCGCAUUCAGCCACCUCAGGGGCCCGGGAUGAAACCAUGCAAACCAUUACAAAGCUUAAACAUGAGAUGUCUGUCCUCUCCCAUCAAGUAUCCAUUGUGAGUCAGGAGCUGCAGGAAAUGACGCGACUUCUCAAGCCUCUCUUUCACAACCCGUCUACACUGCUGACACCCAGUGCCGUGACUCCCUCGCCCAGCGUGUCCCCACUCAGCUGCUCUCUGGCCCUACACCUCAAUACCCAGCGUGCACCUGUGCACUGUUCUGAUGAUCAAAAUCCUCCGUCGUCCAUGAUGCAUGAACCGCCCUCUCCACAGCUGAGCAUGACCAAGGUGUUUCAAGGAGAGUUGUCUUCUUCUCCUUCCCCCCAUAGUCCUCCAUUCUCUCACCAAACCAGUACCACUCCCCCGGUCUCUCACCGCUCGGCUCCCCCUUCGCUCAACAGCUCUCCCCACGAGCACACAAUCAUGCCACAUCCCUCCUCUUCUACCUCCAUCCCUUCUCUUUCUUCAUCAAGCCACCCAUCAUCCAUCACUCCCCUUCUGGUGGAUUUAUCAGAGCCGCAAUCACGGCUUCGGCCCCACUUCCCACUCCAAUCCCAUUCUGAGUCCCACCUCCAGUCAGAGACCCACUUCAUGUCCCAGUCUUAUCCUCAUUCCCUUUCCCAGUCUGACAUCCAGCCUCAGUUUUCUCUCCAAACUUCCAGCAUGGCGUCACGUUCCCGAGAGCCCCCCCUGGACCUGCAGAGGGUGGAGUGGGGGGAGCACACCACCCAGCUUAGCCUUGUAGAUGAAGGACAGUCCUCGAUGUGAGCACACAGGAGGAAGACUGGGAUACUCGACUAAGAGACGGGAGCAGCAUGCCACACAUCCUACUGCAUGACAAAGUUUGGCAUGCGGGUUACAAUGUAAAUAUGUUGAUUUUAAACUGUUGGAAACUGUUAUCAUGAGCACCUUC